AUGGAAAAUGAAGCUAAAGAAUUAGAAAAAAAAGCAGAACAGUUGAACAAGAAAGGUUUUCUUGCUUCUUUUUUUGGAACUGAUAAUACUGAUGAAAUAAUAAAUUGUUAUAACUUGGCGGCGAAUAAAUAUAAACUAUCUCAUAAAU